AUGUGCUACUUUGACCAGACUCGCUGGACAUGCGGCUUUUGGAGAUGGGGCCACUUUCGUCAGCAGUGCAACAAAGAAUACCGUAUGGGCGAGACGUGCGGACUAAAACUUGUUUACGAAACCAAAGACCAGCCUGAAGUUUGUAAACUUUGCAGCGAUGUUGAGAAGAAACAACGUCGCUAUGACAAGAUGUAUCGCGACGUCCAACGUUGGCAGCGUGAGGGUAACCGCAAUGCCACUAUUGAACGAACUUGCGGCGAGAUGGACGAAGUGCUAGGACAAAUUUACCGUAUGCAACAAGAGCAUAUACACAGGCUACAAACGCUUGGCCAGUGA